AUGGCAACAUGGCGCAGCUAGAUGUCUCAUCGCUCGGUCAACUACCGGACGAGAUGCUGAAGUUUGUUCUGCAACAUGGCACGGUUUCAGAGGCGGGCGCUCGUCUUGGUCAAUUGACAGUUCACAACAGGUCUGCCAUUCAGACACCGCAUUACAUCGUACCGACAUCGAGAGGCGCCAUUCCACAUCUCUCGCAGGACAAUGUCCAGAAACACACGAGAAUAUCGGCGGCAUACGUGUCGCUGGAGGAUUUUGUUGGAUGAUAGUCAUAGAGAAGUCGGCUGAAAAUGCGCCCAUCUACACCACCCCGACUCAGAACGGAGAUUCAGCCCUACGGAAUUUCACUGGGCUACCCUCCCAAUGCCUGUCUAUUCUAGGUCCUCGUCGCGUUCCGAGUAUAACGCCACCGGCGCAUAACACAAAUUCCUCCGUCACAAUCUCGACAUCCGUCGGCUUCAGAUUUCUAGAGUUGAAACAUUACAACGAGGCCUUGCGCAAGUUGAAAGCGGAUCUCUCGACGAGCCUGGCAGACGUCAUUCCGACUGAAAAUGCAAGCCUGAAGAGGAUUGCCAGAAGUGCAGACCGGACACAUGCCUGGCUCCGAGACACAAUUGAACAAAAAGACCGUGACGGAUUGAGGCCGUUCUUCGCCAGUAUUCCACCACUAGACUCACCCUUACUAUCACUCUAUCUCGACGAUAUACGCGACGAAUACAAAGAGCACAUAUCAGGACUAUGUCUUUACUCACCUGCAUCAACACCAGAACUCCCAGACUCCCUCCGCCAUUUGCCCAGAAUAUGUGUAGGUAACCCUACAACUCCACAAGCAUUACUGGCAUCGAUAGAUAUGGGUGUCGACAUGAUGACGAUACCAUUUGUCACACAGGCGUCGGAAUUUGGGAUUGCUUUGUCGUUUUCAUUUCCAGGCUCCUCCUCCUCAUCAUCCUCCUCCGCCGCAGAGACCAUCACCACCACCACACAGCCUCUUGGAAUUGACAUGUGGUCCGCCACCUACGCCACAGACACAUCUCCUUUGAGCGAGGGGUGCACUUGUUACACCUGUCGGAGACAUCAUCGGGCAUAUGUACAUCACUUGCUUCAGGCCAAAGAGAUGCUGGCCUGGGCCCUUUUGCAAAUCCACAACUAUUCCGUCCUCGACUCGUUCUUCGACCGAGUCCGUGAGAGCAUCAAGCGACGCUCUUUCGACGAUGACUCGGACACUUUUAAUCGUUUGUAUGAAUCCGAAUUACCAAAACAGACCGGCCAAGGCCCACGGAUUAGAGGCUACCAGAUGAAGAGUGUGGGUGGAGCGGAGGCGAGAAAGAACCAAAAGGCCUGGGGCAAGGUAGACGAGCAACUACAGAAACUGGCCGAAGCUGAGUCGGGCGUCGCUACCCCCGACGGCGAUGCAAAUGACAUUGAGGAGCACGUCUAGCCGAGAAAUUAUAGAGCAGCAAUGCAAAUGGACAAUCGAAGAGCGCGCUCCUGGCCAAGAAACCAAAAGACUUGAUAGGGCUUGGGUGGACAUCAUGACUCCCUCGUAACCUCUCUAACCAGUGGUCCAACCUGUUUCCUGCUCUU